AGGAUAAUUAAAACAGUUUUUAACGAAAAUUUCAAUAACAAUACAAGAUUGUAAUUAGUUAAUAGGUGGCACUCUAAUCUUAAAAGUAAUUUUAAGGCAAUGUGAAGUUUUUAAGGGUAGUUCCUUAUUAAAAUGGCAGUUAAACUGUUUUUACUGUGCCAAAACUGAGGUAAAGGAAAGAUUGUUUACGCAUGUUAUCGAAGAGUCUUAAAACAACAUAAAUAGAAACGUGAACGAUGCGAGGUGUUAAAUUUCCUAUAACAUAUUUUUACAAAUAGUUGCCACUCGCCUCAGUGUAAAUCAAAAUCAGCUGAUAACCUUUAAACUGCUUGAAUGUUUCUCAGCGCUGCAUUUAUUGUUGUUAAGUUUAGGUUGGAUUCUGCUUUAUCUGGAAACACUUAACCAAAGCAAAAGUGAAAACUUGAUUUAGUCUUAUUUUAUUUUUGUGUUAACAGCAAGUUGGUUCAUCAAAGAAAAUAUAUUAAAGUGUGAAAGGACAAAAAAAGCGCAGCGAUAGAAGUAUACUACAGAAUUACAUUUUUGAUAUGUUAAAUUGUGGCUCUUAAUAUGUAGAUUCAAGAUUUAAUGAAAACUAAAUUUUAAAUAUUUAAAAGACAUUUAUUCUCCUGUGGCGGUAUUAUGUCACUUUUAUUUAAUAAAAAAAUAAAUGUAAUGAGACGCGUGUAUUAAAAAAAACAAGUGAAAAUGCUUUUAAUAAUAUAUUUGAUGUUUUUCACAAUUAUGGGUACAAAUGAUUUGCGUCGCAAUUUUAUUGUCGGCGGCCUUCAAAAUUUUGGCGACAAGAAUUAGAUAUGUUGAUUUCACAUAAACAUAAAUCCCAAAAACAUUAUAUAUAACUAGUUCGUGUCAGUGUAAUGGCCACUUUUAAUGCAUCCAGUGCGGAUACACUAACUUCAUCCGUUCCUGUUGAUAACUUUGAGCGAUCCAAUCCAUCGUCAACUUUUAUUUUACCUUCCCCAACAACGUCAUUACAAUUAGAUCCUUUUGCAACAGCUUCACCGCAUUUAGUUGCUUCAAUGCCCUUAGGCAAUUCCCAUUCCACUCAUCAUCAUCAAAGAACAAAUUCUACAUCCAGUUAUACUUUUGUUCAUAUAAAAAGGGAGCCUUGUCAAGUUUCUGAAGUUACUACUUCAAAUAAUUGUCAUCAGCAGCAACAAACAUCAACAUCUUCUGUAAGAACAGCAACUAAUAUUGGUAGUAGUGCUACAUCAUCAAUAACGGCUUCAAGUUCCAAAACAAUGUCGUCAACUUUAACAACGUUAGUAAAAAUUGAAGCAUCUUCUCCAAAAGUUAUUGAUGUAGGUAAAGGACCAGUAGCAACAUUAACUACAACGCCAUGCGGUCUGGGAUCAAGUAACCCAGUUCCCAUUGGUAUUGCAGUGGCUCGCAAACGUCCGCAAGAAUCUUCGACAUUAAGUAAUUCAUCAACAAUUUCUAUGCAACAAUCGAUAAAUAAAGACAUAAACUGUUUUGGAAUUCGUGUCGCCGAUUUCGGUGGAGUAACUUCAAGUUGCAAUAACUUAUACUUUACAGGAAGUGGCGAUUUAAUGUCAGGAUCAUCUCCAGAAGAACUCGGAAUGAAUUCAGGAGGAGUUCAAAAUAUUAAUCGUGCACAAUCAAUUAAUCAAUCUUUUUGGCAAUAUCCAAGUGCCCUUCCACUUGAAUCAGUUAUUUCUAUGUCACCAGCAACUGUUGGGUUACAGUAUUCACGUGAUACAAGCCGAGGACAAGUUGUACUUGUGCCCGCAACCGCUGCUACUUUAGGUAUAUCGAAUUUUCCACUCUAUACACCCACAGAUCCAUUUCAACAAGCAGCGGCGGCCUUAGUUUGGCCAUCAUGGGCCCACAAUAACACAUCUGCAGCUACAGCUAUCACAUCUCCUCAAAAUUUUAUAUUUCCAUCAACAGCUACAACUUUACAAGGACAGCCCUAUGCUGCAUCAUUGCAAUUAUUUGGAUCUAAUUAUUUAACAGCUGCAGCUGCCGCAGCAGCUACAUUGUGUCAGCAUAAUCCACAAACAAAUAAUAGCAGUAUGAGUUCAAAUAAUUUAAGUAUUGGUUCGUCAGCUUUCUCUGUAACGGGAUCAGCUGGUACAAGUAACAGCAACAGUAUCAAUAAUCGUAUUUUAGGUAUGUCUUCUGCUAUAUCGGCACUACCACCAAUUGAUUCCCAAAAGCAACAAAAGCAACAUAUGCCUGUACCAAUUCCAAUAACACCUCAAUCAUCUCUGAUUGUUCCACCAAAUAUGAAAAUUGAAGAUUUUCAUGGCGUUUCUGAGUUUAUGACUACCGCUACAAAAACAACUUCAACAUUCUCGUCAUCUACGCCACUGCACCACUUAGUUGAACAACCACAUGCAGGCAUAGAUAUUGAACGAGAAAACAAAAGUGCUUCUAUAUCGAAUUCAACCACUUUAAUAAACUUACAAAAUAGUAACUCUCAAGCUCUAAACUUGGUACGUUUACCUACUCCUCCAACAUCAGAAACAACGGAAACGGUGGGAAUCCCAGCAACACAAUCUCAACUUCUUUACCAGCCUGAACCAACAUCAUCUUUGUUAAAUUUAUCCAUAACAUCAAAUGGAUCAUCAACUUCAUUAAACGAAACAAAUAUCACUUCGAAAAGUCAUUUAGAUGAGAACAAUGAGACCCUACAACAACAUGUAGUUAAUAUUACAAAAGUAAAUCAAACAAGCAAACAACCGAUAACAAGCCUAACACCACAAACGCAAGAUGUGAACAUACAAACUGAUACACCAAUAUGUAGUGAGGAUGAAAAUUCUUCAUGUCCGCAUAUGACUGUACAAAUAACAAAUUCUAUUUCAACGAUACCAGCGUCUGAUUCCUAUAAUUCUCUUCCGAGCGUGUCUCAUGAACAAGAUAUAUGUGAACAGCAGCCAUUGGAGUUAACAAAAUCAAAUGCUGAAUAUAUUAAUAUUUCUAAUAAUCAAGUGGAAACAGCAGUAAGAACUAAGUGCCAUAGUAGCGAAGCAGACAAAUAUAGAAUCGAACAUAGUUCUUAUGAACAAUCUUUUCAAACGGAUUUAAAUCAUUCAGAGAAAACUUCUAUAUGCGAAGACAUACAAGCAGUUCCCCAAAAUACAAUAGAAUGUGAAACUUCUCAUGUAGAUCGGAACUCAACAGAAGAUCUAACCGGACUCGAACUUUUGUCAAAUAUAAGUACAAGUUCAUUGGCUAAAAGCAAUAGCAAUGUUCGUGUCAAGCAAGAACCAAUUGAACAUUCAGACUAUAAUUUUAAAAAGCAAUUAUUAAUUAAAAAUACCGCAGUAACACAACAAGUCAAUGAGUUUGACAUCCCAUGUACUAUAAACCAAACAAUAAACUUGCACAAAAGUCAACUUCAAUCCUCGACAGUUGAACCAUUAGGUGGUUUAAAUCUUCUUUGUUCACUUGCAGAGCAACGAUUACAAGAAGAGGUACAAAAUAGUAAUAGUGAACUAUUUUUGUCACAAAGUAAUAAGACGUUUAAAAGCAAUGAGAAUAAAAAUACUGAUGAUUUGUCUACAUUUUCGUUAGCUAAAGAAACGUUAUCGUCAAGUUUAGAUCAUGCUUUUCCUUCAUUAGAAGAUAUAGAAUUACCUUUAACGUGUAGCAAUUUGGUUAGCAGCGUUACUGAGUCAUCUAAACGUAGAAAGCAUAAACAUUCCAAAUCAUUGAAAUUAAAUCAAAACAAUUUAAUGAUAGGUAAAAAAUCAACGCGAUGUACUAAGAAAAGUAAAAAGAAAUACUCAAAAGAAAAACGAAGAUAUAAUAAGGAGUUGUCAAAUGAUUUGGACUUUAAUGAUGAACAGUUGCAAGAGGAACUAAAAAGUGCAUUCAGUUCUGUGAAUCCAAAAUGUAAAGGUUAUAAAUGGCCAAAUCCGAAGGAAAUUUUCAACAUUAUGGAAUCGAAUAUGCGGAUGCGAUUGGCUGACAUAACGCGGCAAUAUCGUAAAAAAAAACGUAAACUAGAAGAAAUUACUAAAAAUAGAAAAAAGAAAAAAUGUUCAAAAUUGAUUGCAAAUCAGUUUCAACAACAGCAGGUUCAAGCGUCUGCACUUUUACUUGGAAAUCAAAAUGGCUUGCCAAUAAAUUCAAAUAAUGCAAAUGGUAACUUACUCACAUCAGUAUUGCCUCUUUCUGAUUAUAAGUUUGGAAAAUUUUCCACUUCAAGUGGUUUAAGUAAUAGUUCUACUUUAUUGAAUCCGUCAUUUUUGCGUUUUACUGAGAAAUCAAAUCAAACAGUUGCACAAUUUCCACCACCUGAUGUUGAUUUUAAUGACGAAACUGGUGAAAAAGUUUCUAUAGUUUCACCAUGUACAUAUAAACCAGUGCGAUUAGAACCGAGUGCGUUAUCUACAGCUCUUGACAAUAGAAAUUUGUGUUUGGGGCUGGUUAAAAAGCACUCUUUAUCAGGAUCUAAAACAAACCUUAUAACAGUUCCCGCAUACAAAGAACGUAAACUAAUGAAAAUGACAUCAUCCGUUUGUUCUGCACACCUAAAUAAAUCCGAAGAAUCUAGAAUUAUAAACGUGCAGACUGUGGGAGAUUUUACACGAAAAACUCAUCAAAAGGAUAAAGAACUUAUAUUAACUAAUGAACACUUAUAUCAGAAAGAAACACGAGUGUUAACUGAUAUGGGCGGCCUUUUUUAUGCUGGAAUUAUGAAACCAUUACAGCCACCAGAUGUUUAUGCAAUUACAUUAGAUGGAGAGCGUGGUAAUAAGUCACAUAUAAUGUCACGUGAAGAAAUAUUUAAGGAUACUAUUUUGGAAGUAACACCAAAAAAUAUGGAAAGUGUGCCUAUUGGUACACGUUUAUGUGCAUAUUGGAGUCAACAAUAUCGUUGUUUAUACCCAGGUCGUGCUAUUGAACCUGAGUCUUCUGACGAUAAUGAAACAAUGAAAGACUUUGUAAGUGUUGAAUUCGAUGAUGGAGAUAGCGGCAGGAUCCGCUUGCAAAAUAUUCGAUUCUUAUUAAGCGAUUAUCCAAUUGUUGAGUACAACGAUAAUCCCCUAUACUCUCUAGGUAAACAGAAAAAAACCAAUAUGAAAUCUGCUUCAAUAGAAGUACAACAGCGAGAAGAAUUUUCCUUGAUGGCAGAAAAAAAUUCUAGAUCAACUCCUCCAACUCGUACAGUGCAUCAACCGACCUUUGACAAGAUUUCAAAGCGUGUGGAGAAAAAACAUAAUAAAAACACAACAGAAGUUGCAAUAUCGAAUAAUAUUCUUCCAACAAACAUCAACAAUCCUGCUGAUGGCAGUGAAUCUAAACGUAAACAUCAUAAACGUAAAAAACGCAAGAAACAUAAAAAACAUCAUCGUAAAGGAUUGCCCAUUGUUGAAAACGAUAAAGUAGAAGUCAAUGAUGCAAAUUACGAAAUUGAAGCGGUUGAGAUAUGUACAGAGGAAAUUGGAUUUGAUAGCUUAAAUGAAACGUGUAACACAAAAAAACCUACCGAUGAGACAGGAGUUUUGCUAACUAGUGGUGCAAUUAAAGUUAAAAACGUUAAUUUGGAUUUAGACGAGGAAUCUGCAUCUAACUUGAUGUCAGAAAUUUCUGAUGAGGUUAAGGGUGAGGAUGAAGUAGAGCAUAAUAAUUCGAAAGGGAGUAAAAUUGCUGCUUUUUUACCUGAACGUCAACUUUGGGGUUGGAUGGGUAAGGCAUAUCGAAAAGCUGGUGUUAAAGGGAGAGCUAGAAAACAGUUUUAUAAAGCUAUUAAACGAGGAAAGGAAACAAUUACUGUUGGGGAUUGUGCAGUAUUUUUGUCGACUGGAAGACCGGAUAGGCCAUAUAUAGGACGGAUUGAAUCAAUGUGGGAAACUACAUCUAGUAAUAAGAUUGUGCGAGUGCGUUGGUUUUAUCAUCCUGAAGAAACUAUAGGAUGUCCUAAUUUAACUUUUCCGGGUGCUUUAUUUGAAUCACCACAUGAAGAUGAAAACGAUGUGCAAACUAUUUCACAUCAUUGUGAAGUUCUUCCAUUUCAGCGUUAUUUCUUAAAAUUUGGCGCUGAUUCAAAGCAAUAUCAAUCAAUAUAUGAUAACAAUGAUACAUAUUACUUAGCAGGUUAUUAUAACCCAAGGUUACAAGUCCUGAAACUACAAGACGAUAUUCCAACUCUAGAAGAGCAAACUACUACAGAAGUAUAAAAAUUUGAAAAUAAAUAUAUAAAUAAUGUAUGCAUACAUACAUUCAUUAAAAUUUUAUAUA